AUGCGUCUUGGUGAUUUUUCAUUUGAGAUUCUUAUUAAGAAUAAAGUACUUCCGGAAUAUGAAAUACCGAUAGAUGAUGAUGCAAAAUUACCCGUUCCAAGAUCUUUAUUAUUAGAUGAUGAUCUGCAACAAAUUGAUGAAGAUAUUAUAAUGAAUGAUGCUCGGAAUGAAGAAUUGAUUGAAAACCAUUUAUUAACGUCAAACAAUGACACUGAACAAGAAGAAAAAGAUUCUUUAUCAUCAAACGAUUUUAUUAUUAAACAAGAAAAAUUGGACUCUUUAUUAUUAGAUAAUGAUAAUAAACCAAAAGAAGAUUUAUCAUCAUCAUCAAAUAAUCAUAAUGGAGAUAUCAUCAAUAGCAACAAUCUUAAUCAUUCUAAUAUAGAAAAUAUAGCAUGUAAAGUUGAUGGUAAUAUAGAAAUUAAAGUAGAUCAAUGCACAAUUUUAACUAUAAAGAGCAAUAUUGACGAUAUAAAUCUUAACAAUAAGUCCAAUAAUGAAAAGCUUGAUAAAAAAGCUAAUAUUAAUGAAAAGGAUUCUACAAAUGAAAUUAAUAAUACAGAUUUUAAUAUUGUUGAAGGCAUUGAUAAAUUUGAAUCAAAUAGAGAAAAUAUUAAUGCAAAUAUUAAUCGUGAAGACAAAAAUCUUAAUGAUGUAGUUAAUGCAAAGUAG